UCUGAGAAUUGGGGUUUUGAAAAAAUAAGCUUUUGACGAACUAGUUCCUUUUUAGUGUUCGAUGCUUGGGUAUAAGGAAUUUAGUAUACUCUGAGGAAUUAGUUUGAAUUGUUUGGGUUUUUGUUGAUCUGAUAGAAUUUGGAAUUUGAAAGGGAUUCAAUUGUAGUCAUGUUCUAUGGUGCGGUGGUAUGGGACCCUUGGUUUAUUGUAGGCCAAAUUGUUUGCCUUCAAUGUUUAUACUACCUCACACUUGGGGUUUUCUUGUCAUUUCUUGUUGGUACUCGCGUUUCUCAUAUGAGUUUGGUCUAUUUCUUUGACUUUGCCACUGUUACUACCUCUACCGUUACCGGCUGGUGCGUUAUUGUUUCCUUUCUGCUCAGCUCUGUUGCAGGAGCUGGGUACAUGCCUUAUUUGAUUGAAAGGGCAAAGAAAUGCUUAGACUUUUCAGCCACACUCUAUAUUAUACAUCUUUUUAUAUGUACCAUGUAUGGAGGUUGGCCUUCCUCAAUAACAUGGUGGGCUGUGAAUGUUACUGGAGUUGCAGUGAUGGCUUUGCUAGGUGAAUAUUUAUGCAUUAGACGGGAACUGAGAGAAAUUCCCAUUACACGACUUCGAUCAAAUGUUUGAUGAUAAAGAAUCAAUUACAAAAAAAUUCCCCGUGGCGCAUUAAAAUUCAUUGUUUUACACUGCUUUGGAGGAGCUGAAGGAUGUAAUUCUCUGAAUACCAAGUAUAAUUUGAUAUGAGAAAGAGCUAGCUUAUGUUAUAAGUUAUAUUUUUGGUCCUUCCGAGUUCCGAAGAUGAUAGAGAUAAACUACAAAAGUUUGGGUAGCGGUGCUCAAGUGAUAUGAAGCUGAAGCACAGCAGGCUAGGUAUGCAUUUGGCUUUGACCAUUGAGAAAAGAUGAUGCACAUUCUCUGAUACUGUUUC